UGUGCCUCUUGCUCAGGUGAAUACCAACAUGCCAGUGUUUCGUAGACUGAAAAAAGAGGGGAACAGAGUGAAAUAGAAUUGAAUGAAAAAAAAAGGAAUGGACGCAGAGGCAAAGGGGUUAGAAGCUUCUCUGCAGCAUUUGCUUCACCUUCACCAACACAACUCUCUCAUACUUGCUCACCACACUGAUAAAGCGAAGAAGGACGCAAUAAGGAAAGCCGAGCGUGUUUCGGAUCUGUUGGUGGAAGCUGUGGAUGGUGGUGUGCAAGAUUCCUUCAUCAACCAGAAGCGUAUUGAGCACGAAAUUCGAGCUCUGGCUGCCACUAUCACAAGGUUCAUCAAGCAAACGGAUCAAUGGCUUUCUGCCACUCAUGCUCUCAACACCGCUGUUAAGGAAAUUGGAGACUUUGAGAACUGGAUGAAGACCAUGGAAUAUGAUUGUAAAAGUAUCACUGCAGCUAUACAGAACAUUCACCAAGGGUGAUCUCGCUGCAAGUUUUCAUACAAAUUACCAUAGAAUCACUAUGAUUAGUGCUUCAGAGUUCAGACAGAUUACAACCAAGGAACAACUCUUCCAAAUCACAUCUUUGUUAGGGUGCAGAAGAAAUAGUGGUAGCUGAAAGAGUUGCUGCUCUUCAGGCACUACCCUAGCAGUUGAUUUUUCCUUAAGUUUGUCAACAAAUCUUCUUUGUAGUGUAGCUUUGUUAUUGAUAUAUUGUCUUGGCUCUAAGCCUUUCCUAUAUGUAAUUCCGGUAGCUGGUUUUGUCUCUUAACCUUUCAUUGUUAUUGUAAUUAAUGA